GGCUCCUGAACGCCCCUCGGGAGGAGGAGGCGGAUGUUGUUGUUUUAGCUUCGCGGUGGAGGAGAAACAUGCAGUAGCUUCUCACCCAUCUGGAUGUUUUAAAGUAAUGGGCUGAUUUCUACUCGUGUUCAAGAUGGCGAGAGACAGGAAGUGCAUCCUCUGUGAAACGGUCCACGCCUCCAAGCAGGAGAUGGAUGAGCACAUGAGGAGUAUGCUGCACCACCGAGAGCUGGAGAAGCUCAAAGGAAGGGACUGCGGACACGAGUGCCGGGUGUGUAAGGUGACGGUGGCGAGCCUGACGGAUUACGCCGGACACAUCUCCAGUCCCAAACACAAGCAGAACGUGGACGCCGAGCUGAAGCAUGCUGGGAAAGGCCGCGACGAGGUGUACUUUGACCGGGCGUUCGUGGACCUGAUCGAGAAGAGGAACGAACAGAUCAGAAAAGAUAAAGAGGUGGCUGCUGCAAAGCUCGCAAAAGAAGAAGCAGACCGCAAGAGGAAGGAGGCAAUGAGGCAGAAACUGAUCGAAGCUAAGGAGCGCUACCGGCUGGAGCUGGCCUGGAAGCAGCAGCAGAAGCAGCAGCAGUCUCAAGCCUUCAGAGGAACCAGCCACAACCGCACGUGGCACCGGAGCAACCCCCACUACGACGGCAACGCAGGGGAGGCGCCGCCCUGGCAGCACAGUGCACAGCCGGUGAAGAGCGCCACCUGGCACGCUCAGGAGCCGCCCAACCUGCAGAAGUGGGCGUCUGCGGAGUUCACAGGGGGGAGCUUGCACAACCAGAGCAACAAGCAGUGGGAUCAGGGCGGGUUCUCCCAGCAGAGUCGGCACCCCUGGCUGAGCAGCAGCGGCAGCAGCAACGGGAUCUACGGGAGCAAUACUAUCGCCCAGAGCCCGCAGAGAAGCCGGCCGCUGAGCUUCCUCGGGUCUGGUCCCAUGCAUCCACCUCCACCCAUUUUAUUUUCACGCCCUCUUGCCCAGUUUCAGAACAAAGGGACUGAUAAGCUGGGGGAGGCGGUGCAGAACCUGGAGGUGAAACCAGCAGAACCGGACCACAGCAGCAGUAAAAGCUCUAAAACCUGUGGGAGCAAUCCGAAGCUGGACAAAGCCUGCCGCUGGACUCCCUAUCCCUGCACAAAGGGCUUUGAAUCUGCAUCCCAUAAGGAGACAAACCCACCAGAGAAGUAUGCCAAACCCCAGAAACAAAAGAAGCCCCAGGAGGCUCUAAUCAGGCAGCCCCAGCCCGAAGAGAAACAGAGUGUGGAAGAUAAAGCGAAGCAUAAAACAAUCCCCAAACCCAAACCCAAAGCCAGAGACAGAGACAGAGCCAGAGACAGAGACGGGAGCAGCAGCGGGAGCAGGAGCAGCAGCACACAGAGAGACGGCAAACAGGACGCAAACACAUCUGCUGCUGCAAAUCAGAAAGCAGUUAAGCCAUCGCAGCAAAAAGAUAGGAAGACGAGCUCAGAUCCUGUUCCAGCACAACCCGCAUCAAAUCAGCUGCAUGCACCUUCAAAAUCAGCCGGAGUCAGCUCCCAGGCUCCGGCUGUCGGGCCGCUUCAGUCGAGGCAGGAGAGGCAGCUUCCAGAAGCUCUGAAGAAAGCCCGACAGAUCGUGCAGGAGAAGAGGAGCUCCGUGGAGAGAAACAACAGGCUGGAGACGAAGCUGCACAUCGUGGAGGAUCAGCAGAUCGGAGUGAACAAAGAGAACAGGAAGAAUGCAGCUAAAUCCAAGCUGCCUGAGAAGCCUGCGUCUCAAUCUCCAGACAGCAGCCAGUUCCUCCAGUCGCUGCAGGUGAGCACCUCCACCCUGGAGAGCUCAGAUCCUGCAGCAGUAAGCCGAGAGGUGCCGGAGAACCCGGAGAAGCACACCUCUGCAGCUGAAGCCAUGCAGGCAGCAGAGGCCGGCCACAGUUCAGAGAGCGACGCUUCCAGGAGCAGCGAGGCUCAGACGGCGUCCGGUCUGUCCAAGCUGGACCUGCCUCCCGUCCUGAAGCGAGACCUGACCAAACACAUCAGCACCAAGACCAAGCCGGGCGCCAUGCACGAGCCCAACCUGAACAUCGCCAGGCGGGUGAGGAACCUGAGCGAGUCUCGGAGGAGCGACACGGAGAAAGACUCGGGGCUCAAACCCACGGUGAGGCAGCUCAUCAGCUCCUCCGGGUCCCGACGCAAUGUCAACUGGGAGCAGGUCUACCAGGAGGUCCGGAAGAAGCAGGACAAAGGGAAGGGCAUGCCGAGGUUUGGGAUUGAGAUGGUGCCGAUGGAACAGGAGGACCAGAGCCAGGAGGAGGGAGACAUUCCCCUGAUCGAGGGUUUCCAGUGGGAGUCUUUAAUGGACGCCCCCGCCUCCCGUAAACGCUCCUUAUCGGAGAGCAGCAUCGCCCCGGCAUCCACCCACUCCCUGUUCACGUCCUUCAUUAAAAAAGAGGAGACGGAACAAAAGGAAGCGCUCGACUCGGAGCAGAUCGCCUCUCCAAACCCUGCCGUCACUAAAGGGAGCAAAGAGGAGCAGCAGGAGGAGGUGGAGCAGAUGCUGGGUCAGUGCGAGGCUAAAGUUCUGAAGCAGCCGGAGAAGCUGACGUCGGCCACGGUGAGGGCGCUGCAGAGGUCCGACUCGGUGCUCGGGGAAAGCAGCUCGGGGACGGAGCUUUACGACGGGCAGGGGACCGGGAAGAGACGACGAGCAGCCGGGGAUGUCCCGAGUGCAGAGACGUCUUGUUUGGAACACAAUAGCAAAAGGAGGAAAGUCAAAUCCAAAAAAGAGCGUCUGCAGAUCGACCAGCUGCUGGCGGUGUCUCUGCGGGAGGACGAGCUGAGUCGCUCGCUGCAGACGGUCGACUCCAGCCUGAUCCAGGCCCGGGCUGCUCUGGAGGCUGCAUACCUGGAAGUGCAGCGGCUCAUGGUGGUCAAACAGCAGAUGAGUGGAGAGAUGAGCACUCUGAGGAACAAACGCAUCGAGUUACUCAAAGGGAUGCAAGGUAGUUUAGAGGAAGCCCCUACGGUGAAGCUAAAAGAAGAACGGCUGGAUUCAGUAGAAGCUGAUCCACCGAUGCUCCCGUCCUCCCUCCUCCCUGAUGCUGCCCCCCACAGCCCUGAUCCUCCUCCUCCAGAGCGCGCACCCCCCCCUUCCUCCAGUCUCCCCUUCAAGCCUGUCGUCAUCAAGCAGGAGCCUCGGUCUCCGGUCUACGUCAGCUCGGAGAAGGUCCCUGUGGAGAUUAUAACCCCCUGCGCCCACAGCACCACCCCUGAGCUGCAUGCACCCCCCCCUCCUGCAGCCUCGUCACCAGAGUGCUACCAGACCAACACAGAUCCAAACUGGGAGAGCUUUCACGACCCUGCAGACUCUAAAGAGAGCUUAUUGGAGCUGGUGGAGACGGUGGAGCGAGCCAAGCAGGCCACCAGAAGCUGCCUGGACUCCAAAGCCUCCAUCAAGCUCCUCUCGGGCAGCAGGAGGAGCUCCGAGGUCGGGAGCGUCGCUGACUCCGCCGCCUCGCACACUUUCGAGCCUCCGUCGGCGGUCAAUCUGCCCACCUCCCCUCCCGAGCUGAGGAGCGGGAAGCGGGUGAGGAAGCUGAAGAAGAGGAAGGUGUUGAAGAAGGCCGGGGGGGCGGAGCAGCCGGAGAGCAGCGACACGGAGCUGGACGAAGAGACGAUGAAGCCGCGGUGGCUCCGACCCCGCAGGAGGCCCAGCGGAGGAUCCCAGGUCAGCACCUCCACGCCGCCUUCAGAGGAGAGAGACGAGAGCAUGGAGGGAGUCGAGGAGGCCGUCAAACGGCAGAAGGAAAACCCCGAACCCCACAAACACAAGGUUGAGAUGCCCCCCGCUGAGGAGGAGGAGAUGGAGGUCUGUCUGCAGCCUCUCAUGCAGACCCCGGUCCUGGAUUCCUGCAAAGCGGAGCCGCGGAGCCUGGCCUGCAACGAGGUCACCUCCACCAGUGACAUGGAGGUGUGCAGAUCCUCCGAGAGUGAAAUGCUGUUUCCCAUCUUGUCGCCCAAGAUGUUGAAGAUCUUUUCAGAUGCCUCCUCCGACCACGGUGAGGAGGAUUUACCCACCGCAGGUGUGUUCGAGGGCCACCAGGAGGCGGUGAACGCCGUGCAGAUCUACGACGGGCUGCUGUACACAUGCUCCGGGGACCGCACCGUCAGAGCCUUCAACCUCAAGACUCAUAAGUGUGUGGGAGUGUUCGAGGGUCACAGUUCCAAAGUGAGCUGCCUGCUGGUGUCUGCGGCUCCGAGCCUCCACCACCGCCUCUACUCCGGAUCCAGCGACCAGACCAUCUGCUGCUACAGCCUCAAGACGCGGGAGUUGGAGCAGCAGUUCCCUCUCUCAGACCGAGUCCUCUGCCUCCACAGUCGCUGGAAGACGCUGUACGCCGGUCUGGCAAACGGCACCGUGGUGACCUUCAACCUCAAGACCAACAAGCAGAUGGAUGUGUUCGAGUGCCACGGCCCUCGCUCGGUGAGCUGCCUGGCCUCGUCUCAGGAGGGUGCCAGGAAGAUCCUGCUGGUCGGAUCAUACGACAGUACCAUCACCGUGAGGGACGCCAAGAGCGGCCUGCUGCUGAGGACGCUGGAGGGCCACACCAAGACCGUGCUCUGCAUGAAGGUGGUGAACGAUCUGGUGUUCAGUGGAUCCAGUGAUCAGUGUGUCUACGCUCACAACAUCCACACCGGAGAGCUGGUGCGGGUGUAUAAGGGUCACAGUCACGCCGUCACCGUGGUGUCCGUCCUCGGGAAGGUGAUGGUGACCGCCUGUCUGGAUAAGCUGGUCCGGGUCUACGAUCUGCAGUCUCACGAGCAGCUGCAGGUUUACGGAGGACACAAGGACAUGGUGAUGUGUAUGAAUAUCCACAAGAACCUGGUUACAACGGGUUGCUAUGACGGCAGCGUGCAGGCGGUGAAGCUGAACCUGAUGCAGAACAACCGCUGCGAGUGGCACGGCUGCUCGCUGGUGUUCGGGCUGAUGGAGCACCUGCAGCAGCACCUGAUCAGCGACCACAGCUCCUCCUCCUCCUCCCAGAGCCUGAAGUGCCGCUGGAAAAACUGUGACGAGUUCUUCGGUGCACGCAACAGCUCCAAGCAGGUGUUGCAGCUGCACAUGCAGAAACACGCCGAGGAGGAGACUGGAGUGGAGCCUUAAGUCCUCCCCUGUUUUCCCGCCUCCCCCGCCUGUUAACCUCCCAUAUUGGGGGGGGCGCUCUCCUCUAACGACGACUCCAUCCUCUAUGUUCGGUGUUGGAAUCCAACCAUAAAACUACCCUGAAGGGAGCGGCUGUUUCUGCCUCCCUCUGUCAGCAGUUGCUCGUUCCACUGACCAAAUACAAGACCUUUUUUUAUUGAAGAAACUCCAGUGUUGCCGGUGUGUUGGGUGGGGGGGGUGUCACGCUUUUAUUUUGAAACUGCAACAGGAAACAGUUUGUCGACUUCUUCGUGGCAUGGGCUAAGAGAUGUUUUUAUUGUGCAGUUGUGAUUUGUCAUGUCGAGCAACGUUUAUUUUCCUUUUCUCAAGUUGCCAUUUCUCACUUUUUUACAAGUGAUUAAAAGUUUUCACGUUUUAGUUUCAUUUUUAACUUUAUUCGGAGUGUCCUUGAGGUGACAAGAAUACCUUUUGUUGUUUCUUUGUUUUCAGAGAAUAACUGCUAGCGUUUUGUUUAGGAUUUACGGGAGAGGAUAUGGGCGAUAUACUUUUGGAUCUGAGAUGAAAGUUGGAAAUCUCAUUGAAAAAAAAAAAGGCAGAAUUCCUUUUUUUUCAGAAUUGUAAUUUUUUUAAUUCCGACUUUAUCUCAGAUUUUUUGCACAGAAUUCCGACUUUUUAUCAGAAUUCCCAAAAGAAAUCAGAAUCGGGACCUUUUCAAUGACAACUUAUUCUCAGAAUUCUGACUUUUUUCAAAAAGAAAUCCAGCCUUUUCUAACUUCGUACUGAAUCUCGGAAUUUUGACUUUUUUUUACAGAAUCGAAACUUUUUAAAUUACGACUUAAAUAAAAAAAAAAUUGAAUUUUUUAAUUCAGACUAUAAUCCUGAGUUCCGACAUAAAUCUCAGAAUUCUCAAACUCCAAAUUUUUUUCCCACGUGGCCCAUAUCCUCCUCCGUCCGGAGUACUCUCCUUUCGUUUCUCUUUUUGUUUCGCUCGGUGAUAAUAAGGCGUUGAGGGACUUUGGUGCAGUGUUGUGUGAUUUGGCCUGAUGUUGCCAUUUGAAAAAUUUGCCGUGAGAACAGAGCCAAGACGUGAUGAGUGUGUGUGCGUGUGUGUGUGUGUGUGUGUGUAAUCUUCCUAAAUGCAGACAAAGUGCUUUAACUGGUCCGCUGAACCUGAGUGAGUGUAUCGUUCUGUUUUUAUGACCCUAUCUCCUCUCUGGGGAUUUCUUUUUUGAAAGAAUUGAUUUGAUAUAUUUGUAGCACGGAGCAGGCGUGAUAUUUCCCACAGUGAAGAGAGUUUUCUAAUGAAGUGUGGAGGUGAAGGAAGUUUCGAGGAGGUGUUUGAUGGAGGAAGGAAAGAAUUAGGAUUCAUCUCCCAUGCCAUACCUCACCCUAAAACCCCAAAAGAACUCAUUUGAACCCGUUUAAAAAAGACAAAGCCAUCCAGCUGAUGCUCUCUUUGGUGUUCUCACAGCCGCCAUUUUUCCAAACUCGCCUCGUUUUUUUUUUUUAUAUAUCUGAGGAAAAGCGUGCAUCUCCCGUCCGACCCGGCAGUCCUGAGUUUCUUCAAGUUUUUCAGUUGUAAUCAAAGUUUUGAAGAGAUACUUUUUUAAGCAAGUGCAAUGUGAAUAAUAAUAAUUAUAAUAAUAAAAAAUGAUGCAACGUCACAAACAAA